AUGGUGAAGCCGAAGGCAUACGUCAUUGGAGUUGGAAUGACCAAGUUCAGCAAGCCUGGAUCCGUCGGAUGGGACUACCCGGACAUGGUUAAAGAAGCAGGUGAAUAAUUAGAGAUACUAUCAAUCGAUAGGAAAUGACGUCAGACGCACGGAAAUCCAUGUCAGAAAGUUCUAGGAAGCAUAGAUCAGUUCUAGGGAGUUCUAGGGAGCAUAGAAAAAAAGAUAUGCUUUUUUGAAGUUUUUGAAAAAUCAUAACUCGAUUCCUAGAAGGUUAUGAACUUUGAGACCUAGUUUUUCUUGAUCUCCUUGAUCUCCUCUAUCGAUUGAUACCAGAUUUGACCUACUUUCCAUCUUUCGAUCUCCAAGUUUGAUCGCCUCUAGCUCAGUUCCUAGUUGACCUACGGAGGUCAAACCCGGCCUCAGGUUAUUUUUUCGUCGUGAUCUAUCGAUUGGUAUAGGUUUCGUCCGGAUCGGCUUCCAUGACCUCAGAAGCUCGAAAAAAACUGAAGGGGUUAGACUGUACUUUUUUCCAUUUUCCCGAAAUCCAAAGUUUCCUAGAUUUUCAGAUCAAUCGAUAGGAAAUGACUUCAGAAGUCCGAAUAUCCAGAUCAGAAAGUUCUAGGGUGCCUAGGAACAAAGAUAUGAUUUUUUAAAGAUGAUCAACUUUGUUUGAAAAAUCAUAGCUUGAUUCCUAGAAGGUUAGGAACUUAGAAACCUAGUUUUUCUUAAUGCUCAUGAUCUCCUCUAUCGAUUGAUACUAGUUCUGACGGAAUUUGAAAAAUUUUUCAUUCCUAUGUUUGAUUAGAUCUCAGCUUUUCUCUCUAACCAUGUGACAUCAUUACCAGUCGAUAGAGCGUCCCGAGACAGAAUCGAAUGAUGUAUCUCAACAUGUGAUAACUUAUCAUAAAGUCGAGUUACCAGCUGAGGCAAGACUGGAGCUUCUGGAUGAAGCUUGAUAUCCUGAUAACCUACAUCAAUGGAAAGCUGGCCUAGAGACGAAUCCAUUGAUAUACUUGGAUUACCUGUAGUUGCGCAAAGAUAUAAGCCUUUAAAGUUUGUCUUAAAAAAAUAAAAAAAUGCGCGUCAGAUCUAAUAAGUUGUCUGAAACAGCGCGUCGGGUCAAGUGUCAGUCUGAGGCUCUCAUCGGUGUGGUUUCCUCGCGAAAAAGGAAAAGCUCAAAAAAAAGUUGAUAUUUUUUAAGUUUUUUCUGUUGUAAUCGAUAGAGCAGCUUCCAUAUGGUACUGUUAUCAUAUCCGUUUCGAGGGAAAAGCUCAAAAAUUGGCGGAAAAAGAGGUCCGAAAAAAUUGUAUUUUUCGGGCUUUCAGGCCUCAUAACUCCGUUCAUUUCAAAGUUACAAAGAAACGAAUCAUAUCAAUCGAUUCGUCUCAUUAUCAGCUUUCCAAUGAUAUAGGGCUUCAAGAGUUUCGAUCAACAUGGAUGACGUCAUUGACUUUUCCAGCUUACAUCUCAGCUUUUCCCUCAAACCAUGAGAUAUCAUAAUCAGUCGAUAGAGCUUUUUAAGACGGAUCGAAUGAUCUAUCUUAACGCCUGAUAACUUAUCAAGAAGUUGAGUUACAAGCUGAGGCAAACCUGAAGCUUCUGGAUGAAGCUCGAUCUUGUGAUAACCUACAUCAUUCGAAAGCUGACACUGAUACGAGUCGACUGAUAUGAUUAGAUAAGCUGUAGCUUCUCUGAGAGCCGAGAUAUGAGGCUUGAAAGUCUAAAAAACGCCAUUUUUCGGACCUUUAUUUGACCCAAUUUUCGAGCUUUUCCUUUGUAACUGAUAUGAUAACAGCACCAUAUGGAAGCUCCUCUAUCGAUUACAUUAGAAAAAACUUGAAAAAGACCAACUUUUUUUUGAGCUUUUCCUUUUUCGCGAGGAAAUCACACCGAUGAAAGCCUCAGACGAGCACUUGACCCGACGCGCAACUUCACACAACUUAUUUGAUCUGACGCGCAAUUUUAUUUUUCAAGGCAAACUUUGAAGGUUUAUAUCUUGGCUCUCAGAGUAGCUACAGCUUAUCUAAUCAUAUCAGUCGAUUCGUCUCGUCGUCAGCUUUCUAAUGACAUAGUCGAUCAAUUGAUCAGACUUGGAUCAGAAGCUUUUGAAAUGCCUUAUUCGAUGGCAUAUAAAAGCAAGGUAACGUCUUGAGUUGGAACAGUUCUUCUGUCCGUAAGAGUGUAAUAAGAAGCUUCCGGAGUUGGUCUUGGAGAAAAAAAUCUGAAGAUCGUUUCUGGAAGGUUCCUAGUUCUUCCCACACUACACGGGGCUUUCUCGACGACGCUCCGCCCACUUUUUCUCCGUGAAGUGUCGCGUGUCGUGUGCAUGCACUUUCGCGCAGAAAAUCGCGUUUAUCUAGAAAAAUUUCGAAUCGUCUUGAAGACUUCUGGCAACACGGCGGCCUGCGCCUUUAAUAAGCCUUAUUACGUUCCCAUGACGUCACACGGGAACGGUGGAUAUUUUGGCUCCGCCCAUCGUGUUUUUGGUUUCGCAUUUUCUUCCACUAACCGUGUCUACGCAUGUUUCUCUAUCGAUUUAAUGAAUUUAAGGGUUUUAUGAGCUCUUUCACCUAGGAGUUGGUGUUCAGUUGACCUACAGCUACUGUUUUUCAGUACACGAAGCUCUGAGCGACUGUGGCUUGAAAUACACGGACAUUCAGCAGGCGACCGUUGGAUAUUUGUUCGGUGGGACCUGCUGUGGCCAGAGGGCUCUUUAUGAAUGCGGCCUCACUGGGAUCCCGAUUUUCAACGUUAACAACGCCUGCGCUUCUGGCUCUUCUGGUGUCUUUCUCUGCAAGCAGAUCAUCGAGAGUGGUGCGUUUAGAAAUAACAACUCUUGCGCUCCAUGGCAAAGAUUUAUUCAGGACUAUUGAAUUUUCAGGCAACGCCGACGUCGUCCUGGCUUCUGGAUUCGAGAGAAUGGCCGCUGGAAGUUUGGAAAAUAUGAGCGCUCCCGUUGACGACCGAGCCCUCUCCGUCGAUAAGCACAUUGAAGUUCGUGAUUGUCCCUGUAAAUUGGAGCAUCGUUGCUGGAAAAAAUUAUAAGCAUGUCGAGUCCCCGCAUAAUUACUUGAUCAGGACCAUUGAAGCCUGGAAAAAUUUGAGGUGUAAACUGGAGCAUCGUAAACUGAAAAAAAAAGCUUUUUCUCAAAAAAUGGAUUUUUAUCAAUACCUAUGACAAGAGACUUCAUAGACCAAGGCUCAAGCGUAAACUGGAGCCUCGUAAACUGAAAAAAAAAGCUUUUUUUCAAAAAAAGGAUAUCAAUACCUAUGACAAGAGACUUCAUAGACCAAGGCUCAAGCGUAAACUGGAGCCUCGUAAACUGAAAAAAAAAGCUUUUUUUCAAAAAAAAGGAUAUCAAUACCUAUGACAAGAGACUUCAUAGACCAAGGCUCAAGCGUAAACUGGAGCCUCGUAAACUGAAAAAAAAAGCUUUUUUUUCAAAAAAAGGAUAUCAAUACCUAUGACAAGAGACUUCAUAGACCAAGGCUCAAGCGUAAACUGGAGCCUCGUAAACUGAAAAAGCUUUUUUUCAAAAAAAGGAUAUCAAUACCUAUGACAAGAGACUUCAUAGACCAAGGCUCAAGCGUAAACUGGAGCCUCGUAAACUGAAAAAGCUUUUUUCAAAAAAAGGAUAUCAAUACCUAUGACAAGAGACUUCAUAGACCAAGGCUCAAGCGUAAACUGGAGCCUCGUAAACUGAAAAAGCUUUUUUUCAAAAAAAGGAUAUCAAUACCUAUGACAAGAGACUUCAUAGACCAAGGCUCAAGCGUAAACUGGAGCCUCGUAAACUGAAAAAGCUUUUUUUCAAAAAAAGGAUAUCAAUACCUAUGACAAGAGACUUCAUAGACCAAGGCUCAAGCGUAAACUGGAGCCUCGUAAACUGAAAAAAAAAGCUUUUUUUCAAAAAAAGGAUAUCAAUACCUAUGACAAGAGACUUCAUAGACCAAGGCUCAAGCGUAAACUGGAGCCUCGUAAACUGAAAAAAAAAGCUUUUUUUCAAAAAAAGGAUAUCAAUACCUAUGACAAGAGACUUCAUAGACCAAGGCUCAAGCGUAAACUGGAGCCUCGUAAACUGAAAAAAAAGCUUUUUUUUUUCAAAAAAAGGAUAUCAAUACCUAUGACAAGAGACUUCACAGACCAAGGCUCAAGCGUAAACUGGAGCCUCGUAAACUGAAAAAAAGCUUUUUCUCAAAAAAUGGAUUUUUAUCAAUACCUAUGACAAGAGACUUCAUAGACCAAGGCUCAAGCGUAAACUGGAGCCUCGUAAACUGAAAAAAAAAGCUUUUUUUCAAAAAAAGGAUAUCAAUACCUAUGACAAGAGACUUCAUAGACCAAGGCUCAAGCGUAAACUGGAGCCUCGUAAACUGAAAAAAAAGCUUUUUUUUUCAAAAAAAGGAUAUCAAUACCUAUGACAAGAGACUUCACAGACCAAGGCUCAAGCGUAAACUGGAGCCUCGUAAACUGAAAAAAAGCUUUUUUUCAAAAAAAGGAUAUCAAUACCUAUGACAAGUGACUUCAUAGACCAAGGCUCAAGCGUAAACUGGAGUCUCGUAAACUGAAAAAAAAGCUUUUUUCUCAAGAAAUGGAUUUUUAUCAAUACCUGUGACAAGAGACUUCAUAGACCAAGGCUCAAGCGUAAACUGGAGUCUCGUAAACUGAAAAAAAAGCUUUUUUCUCAAGAAAUGGAUUUUUAUCAAUACCUGUGACAAGAGACUUCAUAGACCAGUUCAAGCGUAAACUGGAGUCUCGUAAACUGAAAAAAAAGCUUUUUUCUCAAGAAAUGGAUUUUUAUCAAUACCUGUGACAAGAGACUUCAUAGACCAGUUCAAGCGUAAACUGGAGCAUCGUAGGCUGGAAUUCAAUAAUUCUAAUUGCGAACUGGACCGUCGUUCGUUAAGAAAAAAACACACCAAUAUAUUAGACAAAAAAUGUAAAGUGGAGUAUCGUAACUUUCGGAUUUUCAGGUCAUGUCCGAGACUUUCGGCCUCCAGCCCUCGCCCAUCACUGCCCAAAUGUUCGGUAAUGCUGCUCUGGAGCACAUGCAGAAAUAUGGUACCUUUUUUUUGAAUGAAGUGCGCUCUGAUAAUAACUUUUUUAAUUUCGAUCUAAAAUACCAAUUUUCAGGCUCCAAGCGUGAGCACUAUGCGAAAAUCGCCUACAAGAACCAUUUGCACUCGGUACACAAUCCGUGAGUUUUAUUUUUCUUUCUUAUUCGAUUUUGAACAUUUUUCAGAAAGUCCCAAUUCACCAAGGAGUUCUCGUUGGACCAGGUUCUCAACGCCAGGAAAAUCUACGAGUUUAUGGGUCUUUUGGAGUGCAGGUUUAUCAAUGGAGCAUAACUGUCUAAAAGCGGAUUUUCCAGAAAAUUUUGAAAAAUCGCGUUUUUCAUAGUAUAGUAUAGAAAGGGCACUAUCAUAGAAGGAAAAAAAUUAAAAAAAUAGAAAUUUUCUUUUUUUUCGUGAAAUUCGGAAAACGAGCAUUUAAAGUACACUUAUUCCAGAGCGGUCCCUAUAGGGGUAAAAGGGGAAGUCACCCCUAUAGGGGUCCUAGAAGUUGUCCCUAUAGGGGUAAAAUUAAGUUGGUCCCUAUAGGGGUUUAGGGUCUCGACACUAACUAAAAAAAUUUUAAAUUUGAUUAUUUUUUUCGUGUAGAAAGCAACACCUAUUCUUAUGAUUACCAGAGUGGUCCCUAUAGGGUUGGGGUGGAAAGCAACCCCUAUAGGGGUCCUAGAAGUCGUCCCUAUAGGGGUAAAAGGGGUAGUAACAUCUAUAGGGGCCCUAAAAAUGGUCCCUUGAGGGGUUUAGGGUCUGGAAACUAACUAAAUAAGAAUCACUUUUGCAACCUUAUAGCGGUUGGUAAAGUGAUCCCUAGAAAGAACCCUUCAAGGGCCACUAUAGGGACCACUCUAAAGUUCCUAAGAUAGGACGAUAUUUUUUGAGAUUUCGAAAUCGGUUUUUCUAUUGGUCUCAUAUUUUAAUUACGCCCUCAGACAAAAAUUUCCAGCCCAACCUCUGAUGGAGCCGCGGCGGCGAUCAUUUGCUCGGAAAACUACCUGAAUAAGCAUCCCCACCUGAAGUCUCAGGCCGUUGAGAUCGUUGGUGAGUCUUGAUCCGGAAAAAACCACCCUAAAACUAUGAAUUAUCCAGGAAUGAAGCUGGGAACCGACCUUCCUUCCGUCUUCGCCGAGAACUCCAACAUCAAGAUGAUCGGAUUCGAUAUGAUCCAGAAAAUUUCCGGAGAACUUUACAAGGAGACUGGAUUGUGUCCUAACGAUGUUCAGGUGAAACUUUCUUCUAAAAAUGAUACAAAAAAAACGUGGUCGCAUUUGGAAUGUCUCAUAUUUUUCCAGGUAAUCGAGCUCCACGACUGCUUUGCUCCAAAUGAGCUCAUCACCUAUGAAGCUAUCGGUUUGGCUCCCGUUGGUUGGUUUUUUUUUCUAGAGGGUUGAAAAAAAGUUAUUUGUGUAGGAAAAGGCCACGAGAUCGUCGACCGUAACGACAACACCUACGGCGGAAAAUGGGUCGUCAAUCCUUCCGGAGGCCUCAUUUCCAAGGGUCAUCCCAUUGGAGCCACUGGUUCGUUUUCUUUGAAAACAUCAUUUUUUUUUUGAAAUAUCUCGUUUUGCUGAUUGUAAUGAUACAAAUUUUUUUUAGAGAAUCACAAUUUUGGGCGAAGUUAGAAGGUCUUAACCAGAUCCUUGAGAAAAUUGAGAUUUCACCAAGAUUUUUUGUUUUUCUCCAUGAAGUCAUGUCCGUUUAUUUGUUCAGUUUCAUUGGGAUUUUUGAUAGACUGAGAUUUUUUGUGGAUUUUCUAAAGCUAAAAAUUUGGAAACCAUGAUGGUUAAGGCGUCGCCCAAGUGGUCGAACUUUCCAACCAACUUCGAGGCCGAUGUGGAAAGCGUCAGGUUCCCAACUGCCGUGUCGGCAUGCAACACAACAUUGGUCAGUUUCCUGAGCCCUUAAGGGGUCACUAAAAGAAAAUAAAAAUCGAAAAUGAGGUCGGAGAAAGCUUGGAAAGUAGCCUAGUGUAGCUCUAAGAUGCUCAACUAGGUCUUUUUUUUCGGUUUCCUGAGCCCUUAAGGGGUCACUAAAAAAAAAUAAAAAUCGAAAAUGAGGUCUGAGGAAGCUUUGAAAGUAGCCUAGGGUGCCUCUUAGAUGCCCAACUAGGCCCUAAGAGACCCCAAAUGACGAUCAAAAGGUCACAGGUUCGGUUCCUGAGCGCGUUUUUGCUGUUUUAAAACCCCUUCCGUGAUUAUUUCCCCACUUCCUAGUCGAAUUGGUGCUCCGAAAUACCCAGAAAAAAUAUUCUUUGAGAGUAUUCUAACGUGGUUCCAUGGUCUGACAAGCUCCAACAAAUCCAAAAGGUCCCAAGUUCGGUCCCUCUGCACUGUCAGAACAUUUUUUGCACUUCCUAAAGUCCUUUUUUCUUAUCCUGUCACGUUGAAACACCACACAUUGUAGUCUAAAAGUGAAAACCACCGUCGAAAACAGACAAUAGAAUAGAAGUACACUACGAUUAGUGAUAAGACUUAUCAACAGUGCCGCAUGUCAAAACCAUCCAUUCUUAUGGGCUCCCACCUCCGGUUCUUCAUUUCUUUCUUUUCCCUCCUCAUAGUCCAUUCAUUAGAGCUUGAAGCUCAUGUGGUCGCAUUUGGAAUGGAUCUAUGAUGCUACGGUAGCUUGGAGCGCGAGUUGUUUUAGGUCGGGUGCAGACAUUCUAAACGCAACAGCAGUUAUAAUCUCUCUUUCUAUUCAUCAAAACUUUACUUGAUGAUGAAUCGGUCGCAUUUGGAAUGGAUCUAUGAUGCUACGAUAGCUUGGAUCGAAACCAUCCAUUCUUAUGGGCUCCCAACUCCGGUUCUUCUGUUCAUUUCUUUUUUUUCUCUCAUCAUAGUCCAUUCAUUAGAGCUUGAAGCUAAUAUGGUCGCAUUUGGAAUGGAUCUAUAAUGCUACGAUAGCUUGGAUCGAAACCAUCCAUUCUUAUGGGCUCCCAACUCCGGUUCUUCUGUUCAUUUCUUUUUUUUCUCUCAUCAUAGUCCAUUCAUUAGAGCUUGAAGCUAAUAUGGUCGCAUUUGGAAUGGAUCUAUAAUGCUACGAUAGCUUGGAUCGAAACCAUCCAUUCUUAUGGGCUCCCACCUCCGGUUCUUCUGUUCAUUUCUUUUUUUUCUCUCAUCAUAGUCCAUUCAUUAGAGCUUGAAGCUAAUAUGGUCGCAUUUGGAAUGGAUCUAUAAUGCUACAAGAGCUUGGAUCGAAACCAUCCAUUCUUAUGGGCUCCCACCUCCGGUUCUUCAUUUCUUUCUUUUCUCGCCUCAUAGUGCAUUCAUUAGAGCUUGAAGCUCUUAUGAUCGAAUUUGGAAUGGAUCUGUGACGCUACAAUAGCUUGGAUCGAAACCAUCCAUUCUUAUGGGCUCCCACCUCCGGUUCUUCUGUUCAUUUAUUCUUUUCCCUCUUGAUAGUCCAUUCAACAGAGCUUGAAGCUCAUAUGGUCGCGUUUGGAAUGGACCUUACAGCUUGAAGCGCAAGUUGGUUCAAGUCGGGUGCAGCCAUUCCAAACGCAACAGUGGUGUUUUCUCUUUUUCCUUUCAUCAUAAUUCUGCUUGAUGAUGAUGUGGUGCAUUUGGAAUUGCUUAGCGGCCUAUUCUUUAAAAUGCUUCGGCGCGUAAGCCACUUCAUGGUCGGCCUGAGCCAUUCCAAUUGCGACAUAUAGCAUUAUUACUAUGGCUUGUAUAGUCAUAUCCAAGCACAUCCCCAAGCGAAAGUCGGUUUUUAACGAGCUCAACUUCUCGCUAUGACUUCAAUAAAUCAAGAAAAUUCCAGGAAUCGGCGGAGCAGGAGUUGUGGCUCUCUACCGACUCGCACACCCUUCCAACACCUCUUCAACUACCGCACCUUCUACUAAAUCCGACAAAAUGGCCUUCAAGACCGACGUGAUCUUUGAGGAGAUCAAGGAGCGAAUCAAGACGGUCAGUUUGAAGAGCGGGACUUAUUUCUGAUCUCACAACUUCAAUUAAUGACGUCAUAUUACUCGAACUUGAAGAACAGUCAUUUUGAAGACCACAGCUUCUUGGAGGCUCUGCGAAAAAGACUAAUUAGUAAAGACAUGUCUUUCUUAUUAACCCUAAGGACGAUAUGUUAGGUCUUUAGUGGAACCACAAUGACGCCCCAAUGCUCAUUUCAACUGUUACAGGACACUGAACUCGUCAAGAAGGUCGGAACCUCGUUCAGAAUCACCCUGACCGGAUCCGAUGGCACCACCAAGGUCUGGACCAUCGACGCCAAGGUUUUCGAAUGAUUAUCGAUUGAUUUUAUCAAUUUCAUUUAGUCAACUCCCGCCUAUGUUGGGGACGACACUAGCCGCCCAGUUGAGAUCGACAUCAACAUCAAGGACAGCGACUUUUUCAGCAUUGCCCAAGGAAAACUGAAGCCGGACCAGGUAGGAGUUUUGAGAAUUGCUUGGGCGAUGCGGUCGCGUCGCGGUUUUUUUGGCUUCUUGGUUACUGUUUCAAAGAACAUUUUGUUUUGUCUUUUUGUUUUGUCUUUUUUUAAAGCACGAAAAGCUGAUUUUUCCCAUUUCCAGGCUUUCAUGCAAGGCAAGAUGAAGCUCAAGGGCAACAUUUCCAAGGCGAUGAAGCUCAAGACGAUUUUGGACCCGAAAAUGCUCAACGCCAAAUUGUAA